CAUGAACAUUAUGGUUUCAUCCACCCUCCUUUCUUUUCUUAUUUAUCGACCAAGAAGCGACACAAAUUGGCUGAUACGUUCCUCGUCCUUGAAAACGAUAAUGGUACACAAUAUAGGCUUCUUUGUUCAGCUCCUUAUAGUAUGUGCAGGGUCGCUUCCUCCACGGCGUAAAACUCUUUUCGCGUGACCCUUUCCAUUCCUCAAAAGCAUGUACAAACCACUGGCAAGGCGUCCUCCAGAUGCACAUGCUUCCUCUAUCGAUUUGCCAAGGUCGAACGCAACGUACCUAGCUUUGCGGACUGUGUGAGAUUAGAAUUAGGCUUAUGUUCACAAAUUUCAGCGCGGUGCUCAAUCAUGAGCCCUCAUGCACUCGACUUCUCACGAUCCACACCCUAUCCCAAUAAUAGAUCUCGAGCAUGGGACGCCCGCUCUCGCCCAAACGUAUAGCAAAACUAGCACUCUUAACGCUCAAAGCCUACCUCAUGAGAUUAUUCGCAAGCGCUAAAUUAGAUGAAGCUCGUUGUGGCGCGGGACCCCUCGCUCGCAUACUGACCUGCGUAUCUUCUCCAUUAUCCAUAUUUAUACAUGUCCUGCGUCCGCUCACGCACUCACCAUCACACUGCAUCCGCUAUACGCUCCCAUCUGCAUGCUGAUUGACCGCGUAUUUCCGCCGCACGCAAUUUCUCCACAUAGCGGUCUAGCGUUCUGCAUGAACCGCUGCAUGCUUGGACCACUUUCUUCAAGCUGUAAUGUGAGUAUUUCGGCCUUGCCGUACCUUGAUCUCGAAGUCCUUGUUGGGU